UUUAGGAGUAGAUGCAUCAACAAAUAAUAGGUCUCUUAAUCAAUUUCUGAAACACAAACAAAAAAAGAAAAGAGAGGCAAAAUGCUUCGAUUGGAUUCUUCCAUUGUUUCAGUGCUUGUAAUUCUCCUUUCAUUUCCUUUCUUUAUAGUUUCCCUUCCAAUUCAGGAUAAAUUUCUUAAAUGUCUCUCACUAAAUUCUGAAUCCUCCUUUCCUUUCUCCACUAUCUUGUACACUCCAAACAACUCUUCAUUCACUAAUGUCUUGCUAUCCACUGCUCAAAAUCUCAGGUUCGCAUUGCCUUCAGUGCCGAAACCUGAGUUUAUUUUCACACCGUUGCAAGAAUCCCAUGUCCAAACUGCUGUUGUUUGCUCAAAACAGCUUGGAGUUCAGAUUAGAGUUCGCAGUGGAGGCCAUGACUUUGAAGGACUCUCUUACACCUCCGUAAUUGAUACACCUUUCGUUGUGGUAGACCUGGGCAAGCUUCGUUCCAUUAGCGUUGACAUCAAGCGUAAGAGUGCGUGGGCUCAAGCGGGUGCUACAGUUGGUGAACUUCACUAUAGGAUUUCAGAGAAAAGUAAAAAUCUUGGCUUCCCAGCUGGUGCUUGUCCCAGUGUGGGUCUUGGUGGGCACCUUUCAGGAGGUGGAUAUGGCCCUUUGUUUAGAAAAUAUGGCCUUUCUGCAGACAAUGUCAUUGAUGCUCGUAUAGUUGAUGUUCAGGGAAGGCUCCUUGACCGGAAAGCCAUGGGAGAAGAUCUUUUUUGGGCAAUCAGAGGAGGUGGAGGAGCCAGCUUUGGAAUCAUUACUGCCUGGAAAGUAAAACUGGUUCCUGUACCAUCAACUGUGACAGUUUUUAGGGUUUUCAGGUUCUUGGAACAAGGAGCUACUAAGCUCCUCUAUAGAUGGCAACAAGUUGCUAAUAAAUUUGAUGCGGAUCUUUACUUAGUCGUUGGCAUACGACCGGCUAUUGCUAGUGACACAGGUAAAAAAACUGUAAGAACUAUCUAUAGUGGCUUGUUUCUUGGUGAUACCAGCAGACUCCUCGAAGUGAUGCAAAAAAGUUUCCCUGAAUUGGGUUUAGCAAGGAAGGAUUGUAUUGAAAUGGACUGGAUCGGUUCAGUUCUUUAUGAAGCUUUCUUCCCCACCAAUUCAACUCCUGAAGUUUUACUUCAGAGGAAGAAUUUAUUCCCGGCUUACACCAAAAGCAAGUCAGACUUUGCCCAAAGUCCCAUAUCCGAAACCGCACUCAAAGGGUUAUGGAAAAUUUUCUUCCAAGAAGAUAAGCUUGCUACCUUACUAAUUCCUUAUGGUGGGAUGAUGGAUAAAAUUUCAAAAUCUGAGAUUCCUUUCCCUCAUAGAAAGAGUAACUUGUUCAUGCUUGAGUAUGCGACCAACUGGAAUGAUCCCUCGGAGAGUGCAACUCAAAUUGAUUGGGCUCGGAAGGUUUAUGAGUACAUGACACCUUAUGUUUCCAAGAAUCCAAGGGAAGCAUACCUCAAUCACAGGGACAUUGAUCUGGGCAUGACCGAGAAGGCUAACACAAGCAUCGAAGAAGCAAGGGUUUGGGGAGCCAAGUACUUCAAGGGUAACUUCAACAGAUUGGUAAAGGUGAAGACCAGAGUUGAUCCUGAAAACUUCUUCAGUUGGUAGACUCAGAAGUGUAUUAUCUCCAGUACAUUUCUGUGUGACCAGAAGCUCUCAUAGUACAGAAUUACCAGCAAGAGCAGAUGCAUCAAAUCUGUGAAGCUGGGUGCUUGAUGGAAUUCUCUCUGACAAGUUAUUUUAGAAGACCGAGUAACCCACAAAUGUUAGAUCAGGCUUGGUGGCUGGAAUUAUGCCGGAUGAUUGAUUUCCUGAGAAAUCAAGUGAUCGCAACUGUUUCACUGGAGUGAUUAGUCCGGUCAAAUUGUUCAUCAAUAGGCUCAGCACAACCAGGUCUAAAUGACUCAUUAUGUAUUCAGGAAUUUCUCCCAUUUAAUUGUUUCCAGCCAGAUCAACAAUCAGCGGCCGACUGGGGAUCUGGUCACGCUCGAACCCUCUUCCUCUCCAUCAAAUCGAGGCUUCCUAGAUUGGUUGGCAACGGAGAUUAUUGAAGUGAUGUACGUACUACAACUCUUAUCAUUUGAUUAUCCUUUCUGAAGCCUGAAACUAAAGUUCUCGAGGCAGUUUGGUGUGAUUUCUGAGAAGAAUUCAAUGAGGUCCAAUACCUGAAUUGAUGUUGGUUUGCACGGGUGCUGUGGGGUAUGCUUCCAUAGAAGGAAUUAAAUUGUAGGGAAAGAAAUAUCGUGACUGACGGGCUUUCCUCGAUCCAAGCUGGGAUUUCUCCAGAGCCCAGAUAAUUUAUUUCAACUUAGUUCCAAUAUUUCAACAUACUGAGAUUCCAUGAAACUCCAUGGAGGCUGUUGUUGCAUAAAUUCAAUGCUCAAGCUGCAACAAUGAUCCCUUGGAAUUUGAAAUUUCACUUGACUACUUGUUGCAAGACAGCCUUGUAAAUGCAAAAAGCUGAAGAUAUCCACGACAUAUGAUCGCAUUCAAAAAUGUCAUAGGCCUAAAGUUACAAGCACAGGCAGACAGGAAGGAUCACUUGGAAAGAGUUCAGAUUAUCAGGGAUCAGGCUCGAAACACAAUGCACAAUGAAUUUGUCAAAUCACUCAAAUCCAGGCUUUGUUCCAAUAGCUGCUCAGCAAUUGAUCUCUCCAUCAUUACCAAAGUCCA